GAACCCAAUACUCCCUCUGGUGGUGCACAGGUUUUGUAUCGUUUUUGAGCCGUCGUCUGCCGGAGUUUCAAAAGGAUAAAAAAAAAUUUAAAAAAAUGAAAGCUCCGCCCCCCUCUUCUCUCUAUUCUUUAUUUUCACCUCCUUCCUCGUCAUUUCUUUCCUCCACCUCUCUUUCACCUCCCCCUGCCCCUCCCCCUACUCCCACUGUUUGGGCCAAGCUCCACUAGACCUGAACGAAAGCCAAAUCCUUAAGGACAAAGAUCAUUAAAGUCGUAAAGACCUAAGAUUCACUUUGUAGGUAGAUCUGUUCUACAUGACAUACAGAAGGCUUGGAUUAUACAUUUGGAUAUUGUUUGAACAAUUGUAUAUCCCUAGUGUUGAGGUGGACUCUCUACUGUUUAUUCUUUUAAGCGCUAUUUCUACAUACUUCGCCUGAUACUUAAUGGACUCGAAUGGAUUACUCUCUCCUGGCUGUAAUAAACCGCUGAUGUCAUUGUCGUCUUGAUCUAGAUGGAAUGGAUGUCAUGUCAUGUGUCUGAUGUAAAAAAAAAACAAAACAACUUUGUUGCUAGCUGUACACAUCUUAAAGGUCAGUGCUCAUCGGAGAUUCCCAAUAAAUUGGUUGCUGAGUAACCUGUGUACAUAAAUAUAAAUGUUGAAGCUGCGAAAUCUUGAAACCUUUUCCAAACGUCUGAGACUACAACCAGAAAAUAUCUGAACUAUUUCUAAACAACCUCAAGGAUAAAGUGGGAAAUAAACUAUUUUACUUCUCGGAUUCUUGAUCAUAAAGAUAUUCUAAAGAAUAGUUUGGAUUAUUUUUAGCAAGCUGUCAACGCCGACUAAAGAAACUCCCCUAAUGAGCUAAUGGAUACAGAGAUCUUGAUGAGGAGGAAAAACACGAAAAAAAGAGCGAUCAUAAUUUCUUUUAAAACAAAAGUUCGAUAAUGCGUGUUGAGUUUAUCGACUCUAGACGCUGUAUCUACAGGAUAUGUAGUUUUACAUCUGGGCAAAAUUCUGCUUUGAAGUGGUGUUGUUUUUAACGGUACACUAUCACUUGAUCUAGUACACUUCUACUAGGUGCCUAGCCAAGUAGCGCACUGCAACGGAUUCAGUUUUGAAACAAACAGUUCAUAUGAACGUGCGUUUGUCUAAAGAAAUUUCUGUGUUCUGUUGCUGUCAGGUAGCAGAUGUUUCUCUUGUUUCAAACAUGCGCUCCGCUGAGAACAAACAGCAGUAGCGCACUGAGUUCCUAGGACGCUGGGCGGUGAGGCUGAUCGACCCCCUUCUGCUCCAUGUUGACGAGCACGCCCCUGUCGAUACUGAGUUUUAUCAUGGAGAGCGUGCAGCAGCUGGAUCCGACCCUGCUGGCAUUCUGGGAGGGGUUCCCCUGCCCCCCACCGUGGAAGAAGGAGCUCUUGUUCAGACUGAACUUCACUAGUUGCGUCAACGCCGAGGUGGGCGAGAGGGUGAAACUCUACAUGGCCGACAAAUGUAACAUCCGGAGGCUGGGGGAGGACGACAAAGAGGCGGGAGGGACCGCGGGAGGGGUGAUGGUGGAGGACGAGUGCGCCCUGACCUGCCAGGCCAUCAUUGGUGUGGUCAGCAUCAUCUUCCUGGUCCUUCUCCUCGUUGUCAUAGUCCUUUGUGUCCGAAGGCACCGAGCUAAACCGGCCAGCCCAAGCCACCAGUCGUCACUAACUGCCCACCCUGAUAAUGCCAAAUAUUAUACUAGCUGUCACUACGCUUGCGCACCGGUCGUAGGAAGACAACUCCAGACUAGCAUUCAUGGUGACAGACUAGAAACCAGCGUAGUAGCAUCCACAAACAAUGGAAACGGCCAUUACCAGCCAGGCAUCUACCCACAGCACACCUGCCAGCCUGUCAACUACCGUCUUUCUCAUCACCAGCAGCCUAGACUCAUCAACACACCAUAUGGACAGGUGCCGGCCCACACCUCCACUCUUGUUAUUCCCCACCAGCUUCGUUACAAUAACUACCGCAAGCUGGAUGGUGCUUACAGCUCCUCCAGCAUCAGCAACAGCGAUCGUUCACCUGUAUAUGAGUCUAUUGGAGACGCAGAGUCCGUCAGGGAGCGCUGCACUGGUGUGCGAGGAGAUGCCUCUGAAUGUGAAUUUUGUGAAUGUGGCGGUGACCAUGGGAGUGAACACAGUGGAUACGUUAGAUACAAUGAUCCAAUUAUUUUAACUGGGCAACCUAAUGUUAAAUUAUCAUUACUAUCCCAUCAGCAACUAGAAGACCCACCAGGACCAUGUCCUCCGAUGUAUAUGGAUGGCUACUAUAGUGAUAAAUGUCCACAAACACUUCCUCUCAGGCCUAUAAGAAGCCAAAGUAAAACAGAAGAUGAGUAUUCAGAAAUAGAGCCUGAUGAGGUCCUGCCGCUAAACCAGAAAAACAGUACAAAUCAAAAUGAGGCUGAUGAAGGAGGGAAGUCGGAUCUUUUGAGACGACGACCUUCCUCUGGGAGCUGCUAUAGUUCUAAUGGAUCCCAUUAUAAAGAUGGCAACUACAGUGGACAAAGAAGGGUCAUUCCUGCAUUACACCCUCACUACUUUAUUAACUCCCCUGAAGAAAUUAGUUGACAGCAUUUCAUAGGUGGAGAUCUGAGCUAAAGUAUCAUUUCAUAUUCUAAGCUUUUUAACACCAAAAACACCGGACACAGUAAUUGAAUAUGAAAGUUCUUUUAAAAAUAAUGUUUGCCUUUCUUAUUCACUGUUCUAAGCUUGAAAGUUGUUUAAAUUUUUUUAGUUCUUUUAUUUUAUUUGAAGAAACCAAAGAAACUGUUUGAUUUACUUUGAUUGUUCUGAUUGAAUUUUUAUUUAUACUUCUGUCAAAUUAUUCUUUGGUUUACAAAAUAUGCCCAUUGCAGAAAAUACCUGUAGAUUAGCCACUGGUAAGGAUGUGAAAAGUGUGGCUUAGUUGCAGCAAUCACUUGGCUAACUAUCAAAGGGGCUUUAGUUCAAAUCCUUACUUGAGCUGAGUUUUGUUUGCUGAGCACCUAUAGGCAGCACAGAAACUUUUUUCCAGACACCCUCCCUCUUUCUGGUCCACCAAAGAAAUUGGAACAUACUAAACUGCCCAUAGUAAACUGACCAUGCUUUUUGCAUUAAAAGUUCAAUUUUACAAAAACAAUUUAAAAACAAAUAGCAAAGCCAGGGCCAGCCUUAGGUAAUUAGAGGCCCUAGGCAAAAUGAUUGUGGUAGCUCUAAUGAAAUAGAAAAAUAAAAACGAAAACAAAAAUACAACUACACUUUUGUUUGCAUUUUCAUACAUAACAACCCUUAAAUUAAUGAUUCAAAAUUUUUACCAAAAAGGAAAGGGUCUUCUUAACAUAAAAGUCUAAGAAGUACAUCUAAACAUUCAUGAACAAACAUACAAGUCAGAGUAGUGACUUAGAGCUAAGGUAGUAGAUAUAGAGCCAUGGACCUCUUCUACGUAUGAGAUUUAAUGGAAAGAAUAAAAUUUUGGUUUUAAUUAAAGAUAAUUAAUUUUCAAAGAAUUAUUGUUUAAUAAUAUAAAAAGUAAUUUUCUUAGCUAUUGAUUUAUAUUUAUUUUUGGUUGCCUUUCAAGGAUAUUAAUAUAACAUUUAUAAAAUAAUAAUUGACAAAGACUUAAACAUCCAUGUAGGCUAAAAAAAGGUUUGAUAAUUUUACAUUUCUUUUACAAUUUCAGAAAAUUUGUUUUGAAAAAUUAAGUAAUUAUUUAUGUAUCAAUGAUCUUUUUUUAUAAUUGAUGAAUCCCAUGAUGCUUUGAGUUUCUAAUAUCUAAAUCAAUGUCAUAUUCAAAAUAUAAAAAGAUUUAAGAAAAAAUAAAUAAUUGUUUUGUGUGAUGUUUAAAAAUAGUUUUUUUGAAUUUGUUUAAAAGACAAUAUAGGUUAUAAUUUGUAGGUUCAAUUGUAACUAUUUAGCUUGUGAUGCUUAAACCGAAAUUACACCACUAAAAGUUUGAUGUAAAAGAAUUAGAGCAAUAUAAAAAAAUACACAGCACUGCACAGGAGUGUCAAUUGUGCUAUUUUCUGUUUGUAUUAUUCUAUACUUUAAUGCACUACAUUUUAUUUCUUUCUAUGUCCUAAUUCUGUUGCCUUAGAACCCUGCAAAUAAACAAAACAUGGUGCAUUUAUAUUAUGUCAUCUUUUACUGACAAUCUUUUUUUUUUUUUUGCCCUUUUUUUUAAACUGCAAUUUUUUUUUUCUGUUAAUUAACAUAUCAAAUUUAAUUUUGAUGUAAUUUUUUUAUGAUUAUGUGAUGGCUUUAGACAUGUUUGUUUUUUUCAUAUGUUGCAGUUGACACUGAAUAACACAAACUAUCUGUCACUUAUAAGUACAUGGUUCCCACCUUUGUUGUGAUUUGAUAAGCAGAGCUUCUGCAAGAGUGGUAUUGUCUCUGAUACUCUAGUUGAAAAUAUGGUUCAUUUACAGGCAUACUUGGAUGUGAAUUAUCUGGGUUAGUGAUAAAACAUCAACCAAGUUUAAAUAAUACAAUUAGACCCAGAUUGGCAAGGGGAAAAAAGUGUAGCUCUACAGGAGCUAAGGCUAAGGUUUUAAUUUUUUAAUAAUUUAUUCUUUGUGAAUCACAAAACAGACAUACUAAGGAGCCUGGGAAUUUUGUGUGUGUGUUUUUUUUUUAAUUUAUCCUUAUCUUGUACAUUUGAGUAAAUUAUAAGCCUGAUCUGUGGCAACACAGUUCAGAGACUAUGGAUGACAGCCUGGUCAUGUGACAUGGGCUCUGAACUGUCAUCUUGAUGAUCCUUGGUUUAAACCCUGCCUGCUAUCAUUUCCUGAAGUCCUGCUGGAGGUUUGGAAUAGGAUUUAGUAAUCAUCAAUUCUUGAGGGAUAUUUAUGAAAAACAAGACAAAAGAACUUCAAGGGUCAAUGGUUAUAAAGAAAAGAAGUUUAAUCAUUCUAGAAAAUGCUCAUAGAAAAAUAUGCAGCAAUGGUAAUAAAAAAGCUAAUUGAAUUAAUUGAAAAGUUUUGUUUUAUGAAAUUAUUUGAAGAAAAUGAAAAUUUAUGAAUUAGACAAUGGCAUCAUUUCUUUAUUAUCAAAAAACAUUGUCCAACAAUGUUAUUCACUUUCUAGAGCAAUGUCUCUAUUCUCUUCCCAUCUCCUAUUCUUACCAACGCACUUAACCUUUCCAGACACUUGCUUUAGCUCUGUUUAAAGAUGUCAAAAAUAUAUAUAUUUUUAGUUACAGUGGAGACAACUUGUUGCAUAAUUCUUCUAAUGUUGCAUAAUUGUUAGGGACUAUCUGGAACACCUGUUUCAUUGAUUCAGUAUUAAUUUGUUUCUUAUCUGUGGGUGAAUGUUUUUAGUCAUCCCAAACAUCUUUAUAAGAAGCAAGAGAAUGAACAUUGUGUUGAGAGUGUAUUGAACUACCUAUUUCAAUAGGAACUGUUGGCCUCAGAGCCUUGCCAAAUGUGUGAAUUGAAACCUCUAAGAAACUGAAUUGUUUGUGUUUUUAUUGUGGAAAUUUAAACAUUGAAAGGGCCAGUAUAUAUAUAUAUAUACUUUUUGUUUUAAGGACUAUAUUUUCUAAAUAGGAAAUAAUAUAUAACACUCAAUGACUUUAUAAAAAUGUAGCAUGAACUGCUCCUAGAUAAAAUACAGAGUAGUGCAUUAUAAUUGUAAAUUUUUUAAAGGCUUUUUAUGCUACUAAUUCUUUUAAAAAAAUUUUAAGUUUUGAUUUUUAUAAAAUGCAUAAUUUUAAUGAAGUUGAGCAAAAAGAAAAUUUCUUUUACUUUGUAGAACUUUACCCAGCAUUGAAUACCUGCUGAUAAUCAUUGUCAUGUGGAAUAGGCAUGCUUAAAUUUCCAAAUAGUUGUCACAUUUGGAAUGGAGUAGUAAAAUCUUUUUCUUUUUAUUUACAGUCAAAAUAGAUAAUAUAUAAGCAAUAAUUUUCAAUGACUGGUUUAAACAUAAUUCCUUUUUUUUUUGUUUUGUGUAGGCCCUUACAAUAUCUGUCGAAUGUAGCCUAAUAUCAUAAAUUGACUUUGAAAUAGAUAAAUAUUUGUGUAUUUAAUCUAAGUAAAGCGGACUGAGCAAUUAAAAACAAAAACUCUUGAUAAUGUUUUUUUUAAUGAAAGUAUAGAUUUAAAAUAAUCCUUUUGAGUCUAAAUUUGGAAAAGCUACAAUAUGAAAGUACAUCAUAUAGCCCUAUGUAAUUAUUCAUAAAUACCAUUUAGGUAAUACAAAGUGCUUUGUUUUGCCUUAGACAUUUUAAUAAUUUUUAUUUAAUUUCUUAAUUUGUAAAUAGUAAAGUAGAGAAAUGAAUGUGUCUUGCAAGUCUUGGAUCAUAUAUGUUAUAUCAUUGUCUUCUUUAAUUAUGUUCUAUCAUGAUGUAUUUUGAUCAUGUUCUAUCACAAUAUACUUUGAUCAUGUUCUGUCAUGAUAUACUUUGAUCAUGUUGUUCCACUUAAUGUUUAUGUUGCCAAUAAUUAUAUCACCCAACAUUCUAAAUAUCUGAAAUAAUUUCUUUUAUGUAUAGACUUAAUGCUAUGUUGGUUCAUCUCUAUAAAUGCUUUUCUUUAAUGAUUAUUUAUGAUGGACUGUCAUCAUCAUAUCGAGUACAAAAUAAAAUGAAAUAAACUUAAUGGAUCAAUAAG